UUUUCCAAUGAGUCUCUUUAUAUAUAAACCGUCGUGCUGCUUCAUUCAAUAAAACCCAUUUUGUCUACAUUUUCUUAAUACCAGCAGAAACUACAGAAAGAAGAUUUAUAUAAAUAAAAAAAUUACUAGACAAAAAGGUUAGUGAUUCCGCAAUAUUAUAAUCUAAUCCUCUUCGUUUGCAAGUUUCGUAUUUUCACAUUGUUUAGUAACCCUAAUUUUGGGGGAAAAUUAGUUUAUUCGAUUUUUUGAGGAAUAAGGGUCUGUAUCUGUGGGAAAUUUGAUUUUUGACCCUAAACUUCUUCUUCGGUCACCAUCCAUCGAAACCCAAACCUCGAAAGAGAGAGAGAGAAAUGGCGGGCCAAGGGGAAGUGGGGAAGCCGGUAUAGGGUUUUGCCAAAGGGAAAAAACUUCCUUAAAAUUUCGAUUUUUUUUAUGUUUCCCGCUUAAAAAAACCCUAAUUCCGCCAUGGAAUCUCUGAGGUCUUAAUCGUAAGUUCGUGAUUCUUUAGUUCCUUGAUCUUCUUGGGAUUUCAUUUUUCGUUUCUCUUUAGAUUACUGCUUCUUCUUUUUUUUGUUAGGUUUGUUAGAGAUAACGAGAAAUGGGAUCUGUUAAUUGUUGUAGGGUUCGUAGUUCGUUGUUAAUGGCGGGUUGGUCGAUGGUAGCCGACGAGGAUGCCGUCGAUUAUAGCAAGACUCCAAAGAGUCUCGAUGCGAAUAGGUCUCCUGAAAGCGUUAACCCAGAAUCUACAGGGUUUGAAAAGAAGAUUAAAGAACUCAUCUCCUUGUUCCGACCUUUGCUUGAUUCUUUUCUCGCUGAGUUUUGUUCGGCGGAUGGUUUUCUACCUCUUCCUGCGAUGACCGGUGAAGGAAGGACCGUUGAUUUGUUCAAUCUCUUUUUGAACGUGACUCACAAAGGCGGAUUCGAUGCAGUUUCUGAGAAUGGGUCAUGGGAUGAAGUUGUUCAAGAGUCUGGAUUAGAGUCUUAUGACUCUGCAUCUGCGAAAUUGAUCUAUGUUAAGUAUCUUGAUGCAUUUGGUCGAUGGUUGAACAGAGUUGUUGCAGGAGAUACUGAUGUUAGUAGCGUGGAGUUGUCUGGAAUCUCUGAUGCUUUGGUGGCUAGACUUAACGGUUUUUUAUCUGAAGUGAAAAAGAAAUAUGAGCUGAGGAAAGGUAGACCUGCAAAGGAGUUAGGAGCAGAGCUUAAAUGGUUUAUUUCGAAAACGAAGAGAAGAUAUGAUAAGCACCAUGUUGGCAAAGAGUCUGCUUCGAAUGAUGCUGUGAAAGAGUUUCAGGGAUCAAAAUUGGCGGAGAGGAGACUGGAGCAGAUAAUGAUCCUUGAAUCAGUUACUCAGGAAUGCUCUUCUCCUGGGAAGAGAAAACGAGAAUGUCCUUUGGAGACAUUGAAAUGGUUAAGCGAUGUUGCUAAGGAUCCAUGUGACCCAUCUCUUGGUAUUGUGCCAGAUAGAUCAGAGUGGGUAUCUUAUGGAAGUGAAGAGCCAUGGAAACAACUUCUUCUGUUUAGGGCCUCAAGAACAAACAAUGAUUCAGCUUGUGAAAAGACUUGGCAGAAAGUCCAGAAGAUGCACCCAUGCCUGUAUGAUGAUAGUGCUGGAGCUAGUUACAAUCUAAGAGAGAGACUGAGUUACGAGGAUUACAAGAGGGGAAAGACUGGGAAUGGCUCGGAUAUAGGCAGUUCAGAUGAGGAGGAUAGACCAUGUGCUCUAGUUGGGUCAAAGUUUCAAGCUAAAGUACCGGAGUGGACUGGCAUAACCCCUGAAAGUGAUUCAAAGUGGUUGGGCACUCGGAUCUGGCCACUGACCAAAGAACAAACCAAGGCUAAUCUUCUUAUCGAAAGAGAUCGUAUUGGAAAAGGAAGACAAGAUCCUUGUGGCUGCCAUAAUCCAGGAUCUAUUGAAUGUGUCAAGUUUCAUAUCACUGCAAAACGGGAUAAACUGAAACUUGAACUUGGUCCAGCUUUCUACAUGUGGUGUUUUGAUGUCAUGGGUGAAUGUACUCUCCAGUAUUGGACAGACUUAGAACUGAAGAAGAUAAAGUCUUUGAUGAGUUCUCCACCGUCACUUAGCCCAGCCUUCAUCCAUCAGGCCAAGAUGAUUCUUCCUUCGAAGAGCAGAGGAAAAAUUGUGAGCUACUUCUACAACGUGACCCUUUUGCAGUACAGAGCAAGUCAGAGUAGAAUAACACCUCACGAUAUAGACAGUGAUACUGAUCAAAUAUUCCUCCGCGCAACAGAGAAUGAAAAUCCAGCCCCCGAAGCAAACACAUUUCAGAAACCCGCCCUGCUUUCGCCUAAUAAAAAAAGAUGUCGAUAGAGCUAUCACCCGGUUGAGAUUCAAGUAGGAGCAGCUCUUUUAGUUUUCUUCGUUUUUGGGGCUUCUAUUGCCAUUGAAACUGCUUUAGACUCUGUGGGGAAAAGGCUUCAUAAUAGCAUCUUCUUAGCAAAUUCUGGUUUUAGUUUUGAGGUAAAUACUUGCAUCUCUUCCUUGAUGAUCCUACAGUAGGAUUCCUUUUUGUUGGCAUUGCUUGAAAUGCUUUGCGGAAACUGGUGAAUCAGAGAGAUGAUUUCUAUCAGUACAGUGAGAGAAAUUUGGAUUAGUUUGGUGAAUACAACAGAGGCAAAAUGUAAUUGCUAUAUGUUUUUUUUUCUGUUUUUUUCCAAGGAAAAUGAAGAAAUGAGUAAAUCUCUCUUGUUAUUAAUCGAGUUCUCAGUUUCAUGAUUUCGACUAUAACCCCCUCAUCACAAGAUAAAUUUAAACCUUU